AUGGAUGAAAACGGAGUGAAAAGUUCUAAUGACAAACAGGUGAUGUCUCCAUCUGGCAAGAGUCACCAUCAUCCUGCCAACCGAGAUUCCGGGAAGCAUGGUCGCAAAGAUCGUCAUUCCACUGAAGGCAGCAGCAGCCAGCAUGAAGAAGACGCAAAGGCCAAGGAAAGAGCGAGACGGCCUAGGUCAUCCAAAAGUCCUACGCGUCCCUCCACUCGGCCUAGUAAGAAUGCAAAGGAUCGAGCUUCCAAAGAUCGCGCUAGACGAAGCAGAAGUCCAGUUCCAGGAGCCGAGUCGGUUAGCCGAAGUUCUCCACAUUCUCCAACCCGUUCCGAGAAGGAUGCCAAGAGACGAACAAGGAGAUCCGAAAAGGCGUCUAAACCAGGUGCUGAAAGUGUAGGUGGUAUAGAUCGAAUCGGAGAUGCCAAGGCAAGCGACAAGAAGGGAGGAUCAUCAAAAUUAGCCAUGGCGCCUGGAAUGGAGAGUCUCAGUGAAGAAACUGACAAUAGGACCCGACGAGAGAAUCGAAAAGCAGGCAGAAAACAAGCAAUGAGCGGCACCACCAAAAAGAGUUCCAAAGAAGAAUCUCACAAACAACAUAUUUUGGACAAAGAGGAACCAGCCCGUGAAGUUGGCGGUGAUGACAUUCCUAUUGCAGCAAUUGCCGUGGACGACGAUGAUAAAAACGUACAAGUCGGCAUGGACACACAACGCCAACAGGCCAUGAUGGCCAAUGGAGCAAGUGAAAUUGAAGGUGCCAACAAUGAAGUUGUGCCCGACCAAAAGCGCACAAUCUUUAGCAAACGAAACAUUUGCAUCCUUGUAGUUCUGUUGCUAGCAAUUGGUGGAGGAGUGGCAGGGUACAUUCUGUCACAGUCUUCUAACGAUGCAGCCGUGGAAUCGACAGGUGACGAUGGUACUACGACGACCGACGACCAGCAGGAUACCGACAACCUUUCUGGAACACCGUCGACAUCGCCCUCACUGGUUCCAACAGAAGCGCUCAGUACCUCUCCCACAACGAUUUAUUCGCCCCCGAGUGAUGAAGACUGUGACGCCUUGCGGAAUGGACAACCCAUCGAUUUGGGAGACCAGGAAUACAGAGAGCUCGUUUUCCAAAUUGAAAUGGACGUGGUUCUCGAAGAGAGUAAGGAUUCCACCGCUGGAAUGGAGGAGCUAGUUGGGAGAACUCAAAGUGUAAUUGUUCCCAUUUUGGUCGGUUGUCCGGAAGUAUCUCGGCGAAAUCUCAUCGAAACAACUCAAUCUAUUCGUCGAGGAGGUCGUAGACUGCUGAAAAAGUUUGAAAUUGCGGGUGCCACGUUUAAACUUGAAGAAGACGGCAAUUUAUCUUGCGUCACUACUGAUUCAGAGCUACCUUGUUAUAGGCCUGUGGUCAACCUGAAAGUAUUCGUCAAAGGAGAUGGGAAGAUUAUUGAGAUUCUUGGAGUUAUUUCCCAAGCCCUUGAAGCAAAUAGUGGGUUAACUACCUUGCUCGAAAAACUUGGUCUGAUUGAUGAGGGGUUUGUGAGCAUCUUGAACAUAUUCAUUGGAGAUCGAAACAAAACAGAUCCACCAAGCUCUGAGCCUUCUAGCACUCCAUCUGCAAUGCCUUCUUCAAGUCCAAGUGCCAUCGCAUCCGCCAAUCCUACGUUUGCACCACAAACUGAACCAACCGCCUCACCAUCAAUGCAACCGUCUACUGCAACAAGCCAAGGUCCCACAAAUACACCGACUGUGACAGGCUCGGGGAGUCCGACACUUUCGGCAGUGGUGGGACCAAGUCCUCCUCCAAGCAACAUGCCAAGUACAAUGCCCAGUGUAAUUCCAUCUGUGAUGCCAUCCAAUUUGCCAAGCUUUCUUCCUACCCAUAUUCCGUCGGUUGUACUGAGUGGAACCCCUUCCACCGAUCCUUCCUUGAAUCCAAGUUCCGAUCCAUCGGCAUCUCCGUCUACCAUGCCAUCUAGGACGCCAUCGAGAGUACCAUCUCCUGCGCCGAGUGAAAAUCCAAGUAUCACACCGUCUAUGAGUCCAACCGUGGAAGUGGGACCGAUAUUGAUGGACAUAUACAAUGCUGCUGGAGGUAGUUUUGGAUCCUCCAGUACUGGCUGGCAGGGCACUGGUGAUUGGUGCACCUGGGACUAUGUCGAGUGUGACUCCAACAGAGAGGUUACAACUUUGAACAUUGCAUACUUGGGUUCAAGCCUGAGCGGCACUAUUAGUCCUAGAAUUGCUGAUCUGACAUCUCUCGCUACCUUGAUCCUAUCUGGAAAUCGCCUUGGAGGAACCAUUCCGAGUCUCCCGACUAGCCUGGUUUACGUCAACUUUGAAGCCAAUAAUUUGCUUGCGGGCAGCAUUCCAGCUAGUUUUUACAGCUUGCCAAAUCUCAUCCGCGCAGAAUUUGCGGUCAACCAACUUACAGGAUCAAUAUCUUCCCUAAUCGGUGGUAUGCCAAAACUCAAUCGAUUGGUUUUAUACCGGAACCAGCUCACCAAUACAUUGCCGCCUGAGCUGGGGAAUGUCGCUAAUCUCCGUCAUUUGGUAAUCCGUGACAACCAAUUCAAUGGUUCAUUACCCAGCGAGCUCUUUGCCUUGACGGCAAUGACACGGAUUGAUGUCCAGCGUUCUUCAUUGACCGGUAGCAUACCGACACAGCUUUCGGGACUUACGGAAUUGACUCGGCUUGACCUAGACAAUAACCAACUUGUUGGAAAUCUUCCAGCAGGAAUGGAAGCUAUGACAAAGCUCACCUGGUUGCGAGUUCAUAAUAACCAAAUGACUGGUACCAUUCCACCGCUAAAAUCAGGCGGAAACACCUUUGGUGUUUGUGAUUUGUCCAACAACAAUUUUGACGACACCACCAACGCCGCUCUUGCUGGUUGUGGGGUUUGA